UCGACUCUGCAUUCAGACGCAACGAUUGAAGUUCAAUGUCGACCUUAUUUAACGCAACCAUAGCGGCUGUAUGAUUUGAGGGAGUGCCUGAGGAACCCACGUCGUCCUGACCCUUGGCGCUCGAGGAAGCGAGGCCAGCAACUGCGCUUCCUGCACCUACGUCCUGCGAACCCGGCGGCAUCUCAGCGCAGCAUGACGAACCGGCCUCGCCCGGGGCAUCCUCGCACAAUCGGCCCACAGGGCAGGGGAGGGGCCGGGAGGGUGUCCCGCACCCGUCUGGGGAAAACGCACGGUCACCGAGAGCAAUUCCCGAUUCACCGCAGAGCGGCCGGCUGGUAUUUCCUGCGCUUGGGCGGUAAUGUGCAUGGGCGCGGCCGCUCGAGGUCCACGGCCAGCCAGAUCCAGGCAGCCACCGCAGGUGCCGCGCAACCGGGCCGCGCGGUGCCGCUGGCGGUGGACGUCUCGGACGAGGAGAGCGUGGUGGCGCUGUUCCAGCGCGUGGCGGAGGAGUGCGGCCCUUGCCACUUGCUCGUGAAUUGCGCCGGCAUCGGGAUCGGCGCCCGGGGUGGCCCUACCACCGAGCUGUCUGCGGAGACCUUCUCAAGGGUGAUGGCUGUGAACGUGCUGGGGCCUUUCCUGUGCGCACGCGAGGCCUUUAAGCAGAUGCAGAAGGCCGAGGGCGGCCGCAUCAUCAACGUCGGCAGCAUCGCCGUAGACAGACCCCGUCCGGACGCCGCUCCCUACACGACCUCCAAGCACGCGCUGCAAGGCCUCACGCGGAGCUUGGCGUUGGACGGGCGGCCGCACAACAUUGCCGUCGGCAUCGUCCACCCUGGCAACGUGCCGUCGUCGCUGCUGCCGCCCGAGGAGAUCGAGCGGCGGCGUGCGGAGGAGGGCUUCGUCUCCGCCGAAGACGUGGCCAGCUGCGUCGUUCAGAUGGCCGUCGCGGUCUGCCCCUGAGCGCGAACGUGCUGGAGCUCACCGUGAUGCCGACGCGGCAGCCGCUGGUGGGCCGAGGGUGAGGUGCGCGUGCCGGACCCGCGGCGCGGCGACCGCGGUGGACUCGCCGCCUAGGCGUGCGCUCGGUCCUGUUUGGCGCGCGCGCGCGCACUGCGGGCACGUGCGUUUCGCCAACGCCG